UAGAUACUCCUUCAGUGGGUUCUACUGGCCACUCGCAGUCCCAACAACCGAGUAGUGGAUCGAAUUCCUCACUGAACCAACCGCGCUAUUACUCCAGCUUGGCAAAUCGUUAUCGUAAGUCUUCAAGUCCAGCUCGUCAGUUACUGAGUGGCACAGGAAGCUACGCAACGACUGGGCGAACUUCACGCUUCCCAAGCUCUAAGAUAUCAUCUCUAGGAGGUGGCAUGGCGAGGAAUAUCCGUGCUUCGGAAAUGCGGAGGAGUUCUGCGGCUGGAUUGAAUGCUACUGCACAGCGCCCUCCUCUUCCGCCUAAAAUUGAAAACCGCUGCCAUAGCUAUGAGGGACUGCUACGAGAGGACAGAAAACCUUCUGAAGGACAAGAUCAUACGGAUGCAAAAAUUCCGGAUACCACUUCGACGGAUUCUGCGGCUGAACCGGUCAAAUCAACCGAGGAAUCCAUAAAAACCAAAAAUCGUAGAUCUCGCAGCAUGGAUGAUUUAUUUGACGACGAUCGAAAUCUUACGGAUUUUCUCGACAACACCCAAAGCAUGGAAAACCUUGCAUCUGAAGACAACUCCAUUGAACCACAAUCUCCAUUAAAAGUUAUGGGAAACAUUUGCUUCAACCCUCGAUUUGUUGAAACCGUCGCGGAGCCUGCAGAAACUCCAGAUCCUCGAAUGGACACAGCAUCUCCUGAAUCAUGCGGCGAACAACCCUGUGAAAACGAAACUAUCACUGUAGAUAGCACUCCACGUAGCAAGCAUGACAUCGCAGACAAAGCUCCACCUGAAGAUGACGUACUAUCGACGAACUCUUCGUUGAAUUCGUUUGCUUCGACAAGCGACACAACUUCGGUGAAUAAAAAAUCCAAUACACCGUUCAUCAAUAAGUAUGUCAAAAAAGUGAAGUCGCUGAUGAAGAAAUAGGCACAAAAUCUCGAAUAACAGCAAAAAGUAUCCAAUUCUCCACAUGCAAUUCGUCCGUUAAGUCAAACGAAAGUUUUUAAAAUUUUACUGAAAAAAAUGUGAUCAUGUAGGACUAAAAUAAGAAUAGUUAAAUAAGGUUUGCAAGUAGUACUGCGAAGAUGUAUGCCUUUUAUUACUUUUGUGAAUAUUUUAUCGUACCUGUUUCAAAUGAGAUAAACGAUUCAGAACAGCACGCCAUGCUACGCUUUAUAAGUUGACUAAAUACACAGAGAAUCAGGUAUUUCAACUGGAUCUAACAAAUGUGAUUGCUUGGCGAUUGAGCGAGCGAUGAAAUGGAGUAAAAUAUAUUAUUUUAACCAUUAGUAGGUUUAUCUGCAAUCGUAAGUUACACAUUUAGAUAUUUAUAACAGAAAUCAAAUCAAACAUACACAUAUACAUGAGCACACUAGUGCGUGAGACUUCAUUCUCAAUAAAUAUUCAUAUAUUUUCGUUAUUUAUAACUACAAGAAAUGUGUCAUUUUAAAGAAUAGCGCACUCAACAAUAAACAUUCAAAAAUUGAUUCAUAUGAUUUUUUUUUUGUUCUACAUACAAUCCUGUUUCUGGAUGUAUAAUGGUUUAUCAAUUGACAGUAAUGAAUGUAACUAAUUUUAAUCAGAAAUAUAUGUAUGGAAAAACAA